AUGUCCAGUUUGGAGUGGCAUCAACCAAUAACACAUUCAAACUUUUAGCAAUGUGCCGUCGACAAAGCCUUUUCUACUAGCUGUGGAAUAGUGGGGCAGGCCACCUGUAUAUAUAGCCGCCGGCGCAUCUGGGAGCCCUCCACGAACCACGCUCACCACCAAGACAGUACUGAUCACGCAGAUACAGGCAUACAGCGGCAGAGCGGCAAGCAAUCAUGGCUGCCCCACUAGUCCGCUACCUCCGACGUCUCACCGGGCAGCCCGCAGUGGACGGGCGCGACCCCGCUAUCGGUCGCCACCGCCAGCAGCUGCUCAUCGACUCCGGCCGCGUCAUCAUGCUGCUCGGCGCCAUCGUCCUCACGCACCAGCUGGGCACAGGCGCGGCCGCGUCCGGCAACGCGGAGCACGUGCUCCUCGCCUUCGUCCUCUGGCUGCUCGGCGCGGCGCUUGCGAUGCUGUCGCUCGUCGCCCGGCAGUUCCCCAGGCUCGCGGCAGCCGGCGCCAAUCUCGCGAGGGCGCUCCGCAGGCACUUGCUUGGCGGUCUUUGA